CGCCGUAAAAACCACCUACCCAGAGAGUAGUGGCGCAUAGGAAGCUUAUAUUAUAUCUACAGUUGGAAUAGAAUCAGCUAAGUAUUAAAGCAGGUCGUUAGACAGGUGGGAACCAGACCCGGCCCUCCACCAUCUGCAAGCUGCAAGUAACUAUAAUCUCACCCCUAACCCCCACGUCUGGUCGAGAACAACGAGGCCAUGCGAUCUUCCGCCUGCUCCGUCAUCCUAGGCUUCCUAGCCUACACACCAGGCCUGGCACUACUACCGCGCGAUAGGCCGGGUCCUGUUCCGUUGCCUAAUCGCCUGCUCCACCAUUGGCCGAACGGGACCUGGGUGGAAAACAUUUCGGUGCGACCCAAUGGCAACUUGCUGGUGACGACGUCCACACCCACUGGCUCGGUAUUCCACGUUAAGGAGCCGUGGAAGGACGACCCGGAGAUCGAGCUCGCGUACGACUUCGACGAGUGGGUGGAUAGGCUGAUUGGCAUCGGCGAGACCACCCCGGACACCUUUGUCGUCGUAGGAUCGCGGUUCUACGCUCCCGACGCCGUCUCGUCACCAGUUGAGCGGACCUUCUGCGCUAUGGAGCUCGACUACAGCCGCAACCCAGAAAAGCCGACGGCUCGUCUGAUUGCUUGGUUCCCCGAAGCUUAUCUGCUCCAAUCUGUUGCCGCCCUGCCCUGGGACCCCACUACCGUGCUCAUCUCAGACCAGUAUCUUCUAAAGCCGCGGCAGAAUCAGACCGAUUGGUCGCCGAGCCCCGGCCAGGUCUGGCGCCUCGACACGCGGACGGGUGAGCAUAGUCUCGUCAUGACCGACUACGUCGAAUUCAACUCCACCGGACUCAAAGGCCCCGAUACUGGCAUCAACGGGGUCAAGGUCCGAGAAAACUACUUCUAUUGGGUUAAUCUGGACACUGGGUACGUAUACCGGCUGAAGAUCGACAAGAAAGGCGUUCCUGUGCCCCCUGGCAAGCCCGAGACGCUGGCUUACUACGACACGUUGUGGGACGACUUCGCCUUCGGCCCGGGCAACAAGGACACCAUCUGGGCGACGGGUCGCAACGCUGUGUUCGCCAUCUCGCCGAAGGGCGAGGUCGUCUCGGUCGUUGGCGUCGGCACGAGCGACAACCUGACCUUCCCGGGGCCCACUGCGAGUGCGUUCGGCAGGCACAGCAACGACAAGAACAUCUUGUACGUUACCGGAAACCUCAUCAACUUCCCAGAGAAUCCGCUAGAUGGCAUCCUCGGCGGCUGGAUCCGGGCGGUCGACACGACUGGCUUCCACUUUUGAGCUUGACGUCUUAUCCCCCACGUUCACACCCUCUCCCCCCUAGCCGGGCAAUCCUGCCUCAGCUCCCCUCCAACAUACAAUCCUUCGGGUGUCGCAGGGAGGUGAGAAGAAUGGGAGGAGGAGGAGGAGGGGGGGGGAGGACGUGAGGGAGGAGGGG